AUGGCAUCAACAGAGGCGUUACAUCAACACCGCUUCUCGCAACAGCAGCCACAACAUCACGAACCUCAAAGACUAUCAGGCAUAUACCAAUACCACAAUGCACCAGAGGUGCUACCCGAACAUGGACUCGAGUACGAUGACAACACAUAUCCUGUCUCGGACAAGUACCCAGUGACCAGUAUGGACGACUAUCCUGCAACAUCGCAAUCUUCAGGCGGUGUCCGCACAAUCGCUGCAACAGAACCAACCACAACUCCAGUAACAUCAACCACUGCAUCAACAACAGCACUUUCAACACCAACUUUUGUACCUCUCUCUGCGUGUCCAACUGCAAACAACACUCUCUACACCUCAAGCAGCUCCAACACAUCAUCUCUCAUUCCUUCAACCGACAACACCACAACACCUAUCGAACUGACAUACACUCGCUACUGCGACACCAACCCGCCUACAGACUUCCAACCCCUGACUUCUGGCUUCGUAUACACAUUUGACGACUGCAUUGAAGUUUGUGCAACCUACAAUGCCUAUGCUGGCGGAUCGACAAGCUGCAAUGUAGCUGUAUACGAUGUCAAGCAAACACGACCUAUCAACUGUGUAGUUGGAAAUUCGCAAAACGCCAGUGCAGAGAGUUUAGGUGUUGAUGGUGGUCUUGCUGUUGCAUUGCUUAGAUCUUCGACAUGA